AUGAAGCCGGGAGUCCUGCCCCUCGGGAGGACUGCGAGGCCAAUCCAGCUUGUCGCGCGACCGGGAGGCGGGGGCAUGAGGGAGGCACAGGCUACUGUUCGUGGGGUCGAGUCGACAGAAGCUGCCGUUUUGGAUUCGUACUCCGCUGCAGCCAUCAAAAGUGUUGAGCUCAUCGCCAGUGAUGUUGAUGGCACACUGUUGAACAGCCAACAGGAGUUGGCCCCACAGGUGGUGGAGGCAAUCGAGAAGGCUGCAGAUGCAGGAGUGCCGAUAGUCUUGGCAACCGGCAAAGCGCGUGGUCCCUGGGUGCCAAAAGUGCUUCCAAGGCUUCCCGUCCCGAUGCCAGGCGUAUUCCUUCAGGGCCUCCUGGUCUGCGAUGCGGAUGGCACUGUACUGCAUGAACAGGCCUUGGAAGAAGACCUGGCACUACAAUGCAUCGAAUUUAGCAAGAGGCACGGUCUGACCAUCACUGCUUACUGCGGCAGCAGGAUCUUGUGCCCAGCGACCAAUGAGCACACAGAUCGCCUUCUUUUCUAUGAAGAGCCCACUCCAGAGGGGGUUGGCUCCUUGGAGGACUGGGUAGGCAAGAUAAAAAUACACAAGAUGAUAAUGCUGGAAAAGCAGGAACGGAUCGUUCAAAUCCGGCCUCUUGCUGAGGCUGAGCUGGGAGGGCGUCUUGCCCUCACAACGGCUCUGCCAGGCAUGUUGGAGGUGCUACCAUUUGGCACGAGCAAGGGCGCUGGCCUAGCUUGGUUGUUGGCCCAUCUUGGGGUUGAUGCUGGCCGCGUGAUGGCAGUGGGAGAUGGAGAAAAUGAUGUUGAAAUGCUGCAGUUGGCUGGGUUGGGCAUCGCCAUGGGCAACGCCGGCGAAAGGACAAAGCGUGUGGCAGACCACAUUGUCUCCACCAAUGACGAGCACGGUGUUGCAGAGGCCAUUCAUAGAUUUGUCCUGGACAGCAACUCCCGUUGA